AUGGCUCCCCCUCGUCGACGUCAUAUCGGCGCAAGCCGCAGGAAGAGAAGGGAAGAUGAAGGCGAAGAGGAGGGCUCGACCGCCGGAGAUCUGGAAGAUGACUCCUUGAGCGAAGGCUCUGCGGAAAGCCAUCAAGAAGAUGAGGAUGCCGAUGUAGAAGGUAGCGAGGACGAAGAAGAAACACAGAUCACCAAGGAAGCAGGCAAGCCAAAUCGCCGAAGGAUUAAUGGCCGUGGGCUACGAGAAGAACGGAAACGACGCAGCUCGGCAUCUCCCAAUAAACCCGGACUGAAAACUACGGUAUCGGAUACGGAAGCUAUGUUGAACGGCCUCAAAAUCACCGACGAGGGUGGGGAGGUUGACUUUGAUCAACUCGAGGAGGAUCGAGAGCUCCAGACCGGCCGAACGCCGUCGGCCCCUCCCACCGAGCCAAAGCGGGAAACCCUGGCUGCAAAGAAACGCCGGGAGCACGACAAAUAUAUGAAGGAGCGUGAACAGAACCCGGCUUUUGUACCCACGCGGGGCCGCUUCUUUCUCCACGAUAACCGGACAACAGAGGCAGGGACAAACGGGCAUCGUCCCUUCAAUAAGGGCAAAUCAUCUCGCCCUGUUGGUCUGAUUGUCGAUGGAAAUUCCCGCAGGUACGGUCAGCUCUUGUUAUUCAUUGACAAAACAAGUUUCACUGACGUUAUACCAUCCAGAAACUCUACAAAGACCGAUGCUAGUGAAGGGAAGUGGGAUCAUGACCUCCACGCUACCGUAGCUGGUGAUGAACGCUCUGGUUCCAAACAGCCGGCCCCCUCAGCAGCACCGAACCCCCCUUCAAAUGUUCCCACUGCACCUCGCUCCUCCCCGCCAAACCGAUCCUUCUCCAGUACUACUCUCGUUGGCCAUGCACCGGUUGUGGUGUUCUUGCCCGGUAUGAGCCAGGCGAAACCAUUUGCCUCAGUGCCAAAGAAACAGCAUACGCGCCUUCCCCAGCACCGCCCUCCUCUGCGGCGUGACAAACCCGUGCGAAUCUCACUUCCUGGUCAAUCUCCUCGUUAUAUUUUCCCGUCUACUGAGCGUUCAUUUAUCUUCAUUCCCCGCGCAUUACGUCCUAACCAGCAAGGAUAUCGAGGCCGUGGCCGUGGUGGAUAUUACACCGGACGUCGGCCAAGUUAUUACCCAGGCUCAUACACACCUAGCGUUGCCAGCCGGCGAUCUUCGUUCGGCAUGGGCUCCCAGGAUGGAUUCCCAUCGCCAGCAGGCUCGGUCUAUUCGCGUCCAUCGAUGUCUCAUCAUGAUAUGGGCAAACCUGUUGUUCGCCUGCCGCCCCCACCGCGUCCUCCCGUCGGUAUUCCUCCAGGUGGACCUGGUAUGGGCAUGCCAGGACAGAUGGGCAUGCCAACGAUGCUCCCUCCAUAUCCACCAUACCGUGAAAGCCGCCCGGCUCCAAUUCCGAUGCAUCAACCUCGUCCUCAAAAGACAGUUUCCGUAGCAGAUAUCGAAACCCCCGCCAACCUACACUUCAACCCACCGCAGCCCCAGCAAGAGCAACCAUUUCAUCAUCAAGUCCCUCUGCCCGUGGCCGGUCUUGGCCAGGAGCUACAUGGUUCAUCGAGUCAGCAUUCGGGGACGCCACUCUCUCAGAUCCCCGAGCGGGCUGUGCACGCAGACUCUUUCCACCCCUACGCAUAUCAGCAGCCCUCCGGUUACUAUCCCGGUUACCAGCCUCAUCAGGGUGGUAUGUAUUAUCCUGGAUAUAAUGGACCGAUGGGACCGGGUGCUUCCAUGCCAAGUUUCCCUCCCGGUCAGCAACCGAUGCCCUAUGUUCUUCCACAAGCAUCGAAUGAGCAAGCCGGACAACCCGGGACUGUGGCCCAUGAAUCCGGUGGUACGGUCUACUUCUACGAUACCAACCAGAUGUAUCAGAACCCCAACAACUACGGGCCAGGACCAGGACCAGGACCUGGGGGAGUGGUUGGAAUGGGAGGCAUGAUGACGCCACCAGGCACCACUUACUACUAUCCUCAAGGGCCGGGGGCUGGAGGCAACAUGCCGUACUAUGGGCAGCAGUGA